AAUAUAUUAUUGAGUUCUUCUUUUUUCUAUUUAGUCUUUUGUGUUUCUUGCAGAGAGAAAUAAAAUAAAGAAAAAAAAAUGGCUCAGAUUUCCCAACUCUCUGUUGAUGUUCAAAUAAAAUGUUGUGCUGAGAAAUUCUAUGGUUUCUUUAGAAACAAUAUGCACCAUUUGGUUCAAAUGUUCCCCAAAAACCUUCAUAGCUGUGAAUUCCUUGAAGGAAAUGACUUUACUUCUGGCUCUCUCAUGCAGUGGUCAUAUGACAUUGUUGGCCCUGCAAAAGUGAAGGCAAAAGUGGCAGAUGUGGAUGAAGAAAAAAAGUCAAUCACAUAUGAAGCUGUUGAAGGAGACAUACUGAACCAAUAUAGCUUGUUCAAGGCCAAGUUCCAAGCCUCCGACGACGAAGAAAACGGUAGCACCACCGUGAAUUGGUCGAUCGAGUUCGAGAAAGCUGAUGAGAACAUCCCUCCCCCUGUAGCUUACCUGAACUUUGUUUCAAAGCUCUCCAUGGGACUUGAUGCUUACCUUGCUAUCAAUUAACUAAUUAAUUAACCAAGUCCUUUGAAUGCUGUAACGUUGUCAAGUAUAAUUAUGAAUGUAUUUGAACUUUAAUAAAAGGGGGCAAUUGUUAGGUAAAAAUGGUUGCUUUCCUGUUCUAUAUGUAUGUUGUACCUUGGAUCUUUAUAUUUAUGAAGGGAUGUAAUGGUAGUAAAUUUUAAAUUUUAUA